GGGGGGGGGGAAAUGGGGGUAUGACCUCCCGAUCAGCUGAUCAGACACCUCAGUGAAGUGAAACUGCGUGCGUCGAGUUCGGGUCGGGGGGGUCGGGGAGGCAGCGGUCCAAGAUGAUGUCCUUGAUAGAUCUGGACGAUGAUCAGCGCUGGGUGCCCACUCAUGUGAAUGUCACCGUGCUCCGCGCCAGGGGACUGCGAACCAAGGGCAAGCACGGCAGCCGCUACCUCUACACCAUCAUCCAGGUGGGGAAGGAGAAGUACACCACCGGCCUGGUGGAGAAGGCGGAGAUGCCCGCGUGGAACGAGGAGUGCUGCUUCGAGCUUCUCCCCGGGAUCCUGGAGGAGGGCGGCCGGAGCGACUACCCCCCUGGGAGCGGAGACCUGGUCCUCACCGUCAUGCACCGGGUCCUCAUUGGGCUGGACGUGUUUCUGGGGCAGACCAUCAUCCCCCUGGACAAGAUAUUUCAGGACGGCGUGUGUCCCAGAGACGAAUGGUUCAAGCUGAACUCCAAGGCGGGAAGGAAAGAGAAGGAGCGUGGUGAACUUCAGGUGACGGUGCAGUUCACCCGCAACAACAUGACGGCCAGCAUGUUCGACCUCACCAUGAAGGACAAGCCCCGCUCGGCGUUCGGCAAGCUCAAGGACCGCGUCACUGGGAGGAAGAGGGGCGACGUGGAGUCCUCCUCUGCCAUAGUGCCGGGCCGCUACGCUGCGUUGUCAGGGUCGCAGGGGCAACCGUUUGGAGAGGAGGUAGGGGUUGUGGUGGAGCCGCGAGGGGUGGAGGUAUCCGAGGAGAAGAGGAGCAAGAUGAAAGAUUUCUUCAAGGGAAGGCUGAGGAAGUCAUCCGACACCAGGUCCUGCUCUUCUCUGGCCUCAGAGAGCAGUAUGUCUUCCAUGGCCAGUGAUAACCUCGGCCCUCCACCCAGCCUGGAUUUGCUCUCUGACCCCCCCAGCUCCCCCAUUUACACAAGCAAAGUGAGAGUGGAUGCCCACUAUGGAGAAGCAGAUUUGGCUAAAAAAGUGCUCACCAGCCAGCACACCACCAAGAUUUUUACGCACAAGCGAGCCUUCAGCGAUGAAGCCACUAAGAUCACGACAGCCCUCUCUCGAUCAAAUGUUGCAGUGGAGUCCCUCAAGGGUCAGACCAUGACUCAGUCCAAGUCAUCCCUCUGUAUAAAUGGAAGCCAUGUCUACGAUUCAGAGCCGCCGACUCCAAAAAGUUCUGGGACGCUUCCAUCCAAACUGGUUCUUUUGGAGAAAUGCUCACCACUUUCUCGGUCUCUUCAGAAUCUCACGAAAAGGGGAGAGGACAAAAGUUCCUUUGCUGAGGGACGGCGUUGGUCCUUUGACAAGCUGAAGAAGGACGAAAAGGAGGAAGAGAAAGAAGCGUCGUCUCAAGAAGCUCAGACUGGCGACACCCCUGUCCAUGCAGCGAUGUCAAGCGUGUCUUCAGCAGGAUGUUCCCCUGAGAAAGGACGGAAACUGAGAAAGACGUUGUUCUCUGCAGGGAGGAGCGAUUCUCUGCCUGCUAAGUCAGACCUAAACCAGGCUGGUGCUUCAUCAGAGGGAAGGCUCAGAGGCUGGUUUGGCUCCGGGGAUUCCCAGAACAAACCGAGCUGCAACACGUGCACACGGUUGCUCACCCAACACUCACCAACACAGCACCUGAAAGUGCUGGAAGUUUCUCCUAAGAUAGAAAGCAGCUCAGAUGUACCCCCUUCCCAGUCUCCUUGCUCCCCAGUACCUCCUCCAUGCUCCCUUCCCUCUGCUUCUCCCUCUGGUCACGUUUCACCUGACAACCACAGUCACAUCAACCUCUUCACCCCUUCAUCUUCUCCUUCCUCAAACCCUCUCUCCCCUUCAAACCCUUUCCUGCCAUGUAUGCAGCGCAACCCCUUUUUUGAGGAGCUCGUAACAGAAGAGCUAGAGAAGUUGCCUUCUGUUGCUCCGUCAUCGAGCUCACCCCCCUUUCAUUACACCACCACUCGGUCAGCAGACACUGAUCCUGAAGUUGUCGGGAAACAUAAGGUCUCCAUAAAACGGGAGCGCCCCCGGCCAGUUGCUAAGCAGAUAUCGCUACCUGCAUUACUGCCCAAAGAAGCCCCGCUGAACUCCCCCAUUCACUCCGCCCCUUGCUCCACAUCUGAUCAUCCCGGAGAAUGGGAGGAGUCUUUCGAUGCCUUUGCCUGUAGUAGGCUUAACUCCCCUAAAGGUAGACUUCCUCCAGGACAGCCCAGAACCAGUCCAACCUUGUCUUGUAAACGUAGCUUUUCUCCAGUGGAUAACAUUGGCUGUAACUAUGCACAAGAACUGAAAAAAAGCAACGACGAGCCUCCGCCUCUGCCUCCAAGGAGACUUAUGAGGAGUUCAGUCAAUGAAAUUUUCUCGGGUGGCUGGUUGCACAGAGGCCAGGAGCUAGCGGUCCAUAAAGAAGCCUAUCUCCUCUCUCAGACCGGUGUGGCGUCUUUGCAACACGGCCGGGAGGGUGAAUCCAAAAGAGAGAGUCCGUCUCCCAACCCAAGUUCAAGCAGCGGAACGUCAGAGACUCCCAGCGUCCACACCCAGCCAUACACAAACAUGACCUCACCUGGACUCAUGUCUGAAGAGAACCCCAAAAGGUUCAAGUAUGAACCUCUGGAAGAUGUAGCCGACUGUUGGGGUGGGACGUUGUUCGAGCAAGACUUGUAUAGACGUGCGUGCAGGGGGAAUUAUGGACAGCAAAGACUAAACAAUCAUCAUUUACCGACUAAUGCUGAGGAAAAUGCCGGAAAUAAGAUCCAAUUCAAGAACUUUGGGUCUAAAGGGCUUCUUGAUUGUGACCAUUUCAGCAUAUUGCCCAUUGUUCCCUCCAACGUACCAAAUAUAUCUUAUACUCUGGCAGAGGAGCCAGAAGAAUCCAACUCAUGUGAAUCCACAUGCCUCAACAAUAACAUAUCUUUCUCAUUAACAUUAGGAGAUCUUAACAUGAAUUCAGAUAUUGGUUUCAUUGACUCAGGUGGGUCUUCUCCGUCAGAAGUAGCAGAUCAUUUCAAAAGCAACCUAGGGGAAAACAUUCCACCACAUGAUUUACAGUCAGAAACUUACCACAAGGGGACCACACAUGGGGAUUUAUUCACAUUAAAGGACACCUACAUACCCACCCUGAACUCUUCUUUUGAAAUUCCUGCGUCUUCUAAAAAAAUGUGCAAAGUACCACCAGUUUGCCAAGACAGCUGCCAAGACAGUCAAUGUGAACUAGCCAAUGUUGCAUCGUGUGGUCCCUGUGGGUCAAAGAGCCAAGGGAUCGUUGCUUUGGUGCAAACAAAUCCUGCAUCUAACUCACCAGAUGCUAAAACUGGACAUAGAGGUGAACAAAUAAGAUGUCAUGACGACUUUGAAAAGAUAAAGAAGGACUGGGAUGGCAACGGGAACCCAGAAGACAACUUAGACAAACCUAAGCAGGCAGAGUCGUUCUCAGGAGUGGUUAGUGCACGGAUUAGACCAAAAGGUGCUUCCAGACAGAACAGCAGUGACAGCCCAAGCAGCCAGAGCAAAUAUGGGGACAGAGAGUUUGUACAGUUUCUAUCGCUUGUCCAGAACCUUUCAGAAGUCAGCGAAGGACCGUUGUCUUAUCAGCCAACUAAAUCAGUGCUGACUUCUUUACAAGAUCUAGAACAGCCUAAUAAGCCUAAAUUGACUUCUAUCAUUGACCAAGCACAGCAAUGUGUGUCUAACACAACACCACCUAAAUCUUCAUUGGACAACACAGUAUCAUGCGUGCCAGAAAAAGCCUCCACAAUCAGCUUUGAAGAUCUCCAUGCGAAGGUUGCACCAAACUGCAGAACCCCUUCCACAACAAAGAUUGGGAAAUCUUUGCAAGAACAUGAACCCUGUUCUCCCUCCAUCCCUUUUACACUCCCCCUGUCAGCUGACACCCUGGUCUGUUGCCCCCUCAUACAAACCUCAAGCACAGGGCCCAGUGCUAAAAUCAGCACUUCACUGGCUGUGGCCUCCUACACUCCCUCGCUGUCUACCACCUUCACCACUGACCAGCCUCUGACUGAUGCACGGCACUCACUUUUACCUGAGGAGACACAGCCUGCAGGCAGCCUGCCCCAUCAGAAGAGCAGAUCUCAUCCAGUGAAGCCAUUAACAUCCAGCCAGCCUGAGAAGAAGGAGGGUCGCUCAGUUCUUGAAAAGCUCAAAUCUACCAUAAACCCCGGGCGUUCCACCCACCAGGCUCCACCUGAACCUGAAAAGAGUCAGGAGGUAACUGCACAAAGAGUGGCCCAGUAUCAGCACCUGACCAACAUGGAGCUGAUUUCCCUGCUGCUGCAGCAGGAGAUGGAAAUGGAGAAGCAGCAGGAAGCCUCCGAGCAGCAGGGGGCGCAGCUGCAGAAGUGUGAGGCUGAACUGAAGAAAGUCAAGGCGCAGGUUAGAGACCUGGAGGACUACAUUGAUAAUCUGCUCCUGCGGAUAAUGGAGCAGACGCCCACGUUGCUCCAAGUACGCACAAGGCACAAGUAAUGACGGAGCCGGCGUGUGCUUGGAGAUUAGCAAAAAAUGCGAAGAUUCUAUAAAAUUGUUGAUACAUAUAGGAGGUAAUGUUCUGAAGAAAUGCUCCAUGGGUUUGGUCUCACAAUCAUCCAGGUCUUCUCACUGCUAACACUACUGCCUUGUUGAUGUGGACAUAUUACCUUCCAUGCAUGCUGGUUACUGUCCCAAUUCGGCACAAACAGAAAACAGGCUUUGAGCAAAAAGCUUUCAUGAAAGCAGACACAAAUGAUGAUUUCACACAGCUCUUUGUAGUAGAAUAACUUAGCAGCUAUUACCAGUUUAACUUAAAAAAAAGCUGCUUUUGCAUGCGCUUCAACUAUAUGCAGGCUAAGGAAAUCCAUUUUGGAAGGGCUCUAGAGAAGCUCUUGCGGGAUUUACAAUUAGACUUAAAUUGUCUCAUGUAAAAAGAUUUCUGGCAAAAAUCUGAGUUUUUUUUUUAAAUAUAAUAUUCAGAUUAUGUUAUGCCAUAAAAGUUGAGUUAAAGGGUUCUCUUUUGUCGAUUACUUGUCAAAACGCUUUUAAAACAAAAAGGAGGAAAAACUACUUUGGAAACUCAAAUGUCCAAGAAUUUAUUUAGAACUUCUAAAGACUGUGGAGGACAAAGCCUUAGUUUUUGCGUUUCUUAUGAGUUAUAGAUGUUUUUAUUUGUUUGAAUUAUACUAAAACUUGUUUUUCAAAUUUGAACUGUUAAAGUUUUUGUUGUGUUAUGUACAUGUUCAAAAACAGUAAUAUUUUACUGUAAACAACUAAAUGACUAUUAUUAAUAAAGAUAUUGUAAGUUACCUUACCUUUUUUCAUAAUGUAUUCUAAUAGCACUCUCAAGUACCACUGUAGCUAGCUGCAAUGCUUUAUAUGACCGCAAUACUGUAAUAAAAUCAAAUGCACAUGAA